AUGUCAUCGGCACCUUCAGUACAGAAAGUAGAGACCGAAGCGAAAUCAAUGGAGAAGAUGGGGGAAGAUAAAAUCCAAGAUCUUGUUGAAGAUAAUGCCGAUUCAACCGACUCAAAUGUUCGAUAUGCCGCUUAUUUGAGAAGAGCAAGAGAUAUCGUUCGAGCUGGAUCAAGAUACACUGCGUACACUUCUGAUGUAGGAGAAGCAUUUAGACCUGUAGUUCCUCCUUAUCUCGUCACUGCUGCCUAUGGUAUAUCAUGGGCAUAUCUUAUCGGAGAUGUGUCAUUCACAACUUAUAAAUCAUCUCAAUUCGGUCCAACACCAUUGGAAGCUGCCAACAUGUCUGAACCAACUAGAUUAGCUAUGGUUGCAGUCAAAAGAUCGGUUUUCCAAGGUAUAGCUUCUAUGGCUUUACCAGCUUUCACAAUUCACACAGCUGUAAGACAAGCAGGCAAACAAUUCGCUAAAUCUUCAAAUCCAACUUUGAGAAGAUGGGGUCCAACUUCUGUCGGUAUCGGUAUCGUACCUUUCUUACCUUAUUUAUUCGAUCAUCCAGUCGAGACAGCUACAGACUUUGUAUUCGAUAAAGUCGAAGAAACGUUUUUCUCCGGUAACCCUAUACCUGGUACACCAACCUCUACACCUGUUAAACCUAGUCCUAAACCUGAAUUAUAG